GCCAUCAGAAGAGCGACGACGCAGCGGAAGACACACAAGAUGGCGGCGAUCGGCGGAUAGACGAGCAUUCGCGCAAACACUCCGACGAUUCGGUGCUGAACUGCGAGAUAACCGCGACCCGAGGGAAGAUGAGGCUGACCGCGCGGCUGCUGCAGGGACUGCUCGGGACGGCGCGAGGUUAACCGGUGUAGGUACGCUAGGUGACUGAGGAGAAGUUAACGGUAGUGCUGUGACAGAAACGCGCGGCUCUCGGCUAACGUUAGAUUCGGCUCGUUUAGUGCGGGUUAGGAUGAGCGGCGGGCGUCAGUGCUAGUUCCGCUGGUGACGAUGAGCGACACCCGGCGGCGCGUCAAGCUGUACACGCUGAACGAGGAGCGGCAGUGGGAGGACCGGGGCACGGGGCAUGUGUGCUGCUCCCUCACCGACAGCCUGAGGGUCACCGGCGAGGCGGACGGCUCUCUGCUGCUGGAGUCCACCAUCCAGCCCGGCACCGCCUAUCAGAAGCAGCAGGACACGCUCAUCGUCUGGUCCGAGGCGGAGAACUGUGACCUGGCUCUGAGCUUCCAGGAGAAGGCGGGCUGUGACGAGCUCUGGGAGAAGAUCUGUCAGGUGCAGGGCAAGGAUCCGUCUGUGGAGAUCACGCAGGACCCCGGGGACGAGUCUGAGGAGGAGCUGGCGGAGAGCGGUCACCCGCUGGAGCUGCCCCCCUGCGAGCCGAGCCGUCUGGAGGAGCUGGAGGAGCUGGUGAUGUCCGUGCUGCCGUCGCCGGUCCGGCGGGAGAAGCUGGCGCUCGCUCUGCUCAGCCUGCUCAGCAUCAGGAAGCUGCUGCAGCUGUUCCGGGCGAACGAGGAGGCGGGGGACCGCCGGGGCCUGCAGCAGCUGCACCAGAUCGUGCGCGGCCUGCUCCUCCUCAACAAGGCCACGCUGUUGGAGGUGAUGUUCUCCGACGACUGCAUCAUGGACGUGGUGGGCUGCCUGGAGUACGAGCCGGCGCUGCUGCAGCCCAAGAGCCACCGCCAGUUCCUCACCGAGACGGCCCGCUUCAGAGAGGUGAUCCCCAUCAGGGACUCGGAGCUGCGGCAGAAGAUCCACCAGACCUAUCGCGUGCAGUACAUCCAGGACAUCAUCCUGCCCACACACUCCGUCCUCGAGGACAACUUCCUGUCCACGCUGUCCUCCUUCAUCUUCUUCAACAAAGUGGAGAUCGUCAGCAUGCUGCAGGUGUCGCUGUCUCCCCAGGACACGCUCAUCGUCUGGUCCGAGGCGGAGAACUGUGACCUGGCUCUGAGCUUCCAGGAGAAGGCGGGCUGUGACGAGCUCUGGGAGAAGAUCUGUCAGGUGCAGGGCAAGGAUCCGUCUGUGGAGAUUACGCAGGACCCCGGGGACGAGUCUGAGGAGGAGCUGGCGGAGAGCGGUCACCCGCUGGAGCUGCCCCCCUGCGAGCCGAGCCGUCUGGAGGAGCUGGAGGAGCUGGUGAUGUCCGUGCUGCCGUCGCCGGUCCGGCGGGAGAAGCUGGCGCUCGCUCUGCUCAGCUCAGGGUACAUCAGGAAGCUGCUGCAGCUGUUCCGGGCGAGCGAGGAGGAGGGGGACCGCCGGGGCCUGCAGCAGCUGCACCAGAUCGUGCGCGGCCUGCUCCUCCUCAACAAGGCCACGCUGUUGGAGGUGAUGUUCUCCGACGACUGCAUCAUGGACGUGGUGGGCUGCCUGGAGUACGAGCCGGCGCUGCUGCAGCCCAAGAGCCACCGCCAGUUCCUCACCGAGACGGCCCGCUUCAGAGAGGUGAUCCCCAUCAGGGACUCGGAGCUGCGGCAGAAGAUCCACCAGACCUACCGCGUGCAGUACAUCCAGGACAUCAUCCUGCCCACACACUCCGUCCUCGAGGACAACUUCCUGUCCACGCUGUCCUCCUUCCUCUUCUUCAACAAAGUGGAGAUCGUCAGCAUGCUGCAGGUGUGUGUGUGAG